AUGAGUGUGGAAACAGAAACGAGCCAUAUUCCAGAAAGCUCUAUUUCGAACGCAACCAAUGCAAAAGGGGUGACAGUGGAAAAGCAGGUUGUGAAAGAAGCAAAAGAGAAGACCAUCCCAUCUUCCGGCGACGGCAUUAAUGACUCUAUUACAGCGGGAAAAUCAUGUUCGAGCCAAAUUCGAACAUGGUUUGAAUCGCUCUCUGCUGAUGAACUAUCAGCUGUGAUGAGUUUCUCAGACAAAGCGUUUUUGGAAACUUUUUUGGACCUUUCUUCAUGGUCCGAUUCAGAUCGGGUCCCAUACCUUCGUGAAAAGCACGGCAGCCCCUCCGACGUAGGGUCAAGACAGAUUCAAUGGGAAAAGUUGGUUCCGUGGAAGGCUGUCGAAACGUCCUUGAGUAUGUGUAAGCUAUGGGUAGAAGAGGUCGAAAAUGAUUCUGCUUUGAGCAUGCCCAGUGCCUCAAAAACCGAGACGGAAGGUCCUGCUGAUGCAUCACUAUCUCUAGCGGAAUCGGAAGGGACGGGGAGAGUUGCUGAAGAGAUUGGCGAAAUUUUUUUGGAAGAAUCGUCUUCAAUUUUGGAAGUUGAGGAUGAAUGCGUAGGCGGGGAGGGAAUCAUCGAUAUUCAGCCGUUUUUGUCUCUUUUGGAUCGAACCUGUGUGAUAUAUUCAUCCGCGAUCCGUUAUGUUUCGGAGAGGGAACGAGAGGGGAAGGAAAGUCCUUUUGUGACUGUUCAUCCUAGUCACUUCGAAGCACUACAAGGUAGUCAGCUUCUAUCAGUUUUGGAUACAGCGGCAUCGUCCAUGUCUGAGCCAUUCUUUUUGUCAAAAUCAGUAUAUGAUAAGGCACCAUGGCAACAUCGCUUUGGGACCAAGAAAGCUUUAAAAUUUCCUCUCUGGGGAUUAUUUCUUGCGCGUUUCGAAAAGUCUGUCUACAAUGCAUUUUCAAAGCAUACGCGACAAAAGAGUUUUCAUGCCAACGAAGCUCUCAACGCUGAUUUCCCAUUGCGCGAUGUCUUCUCGCAUGCUCGGUUGUUAGGAGAAAAGAUUGUUGAAAUUGACGUGAAAACGCUGGAAAAAGUUAUGUUGCCGUUACAUUUAGUCUAUUUUGGAGAGGAUCGUCCAAGGUCUUGUACGUUGGAAAAUCUCAUGUUUUUGCCAUUGAACUGGUUGGUUUACGCCAAGUCUACUUGUAGAAAGGUAAAUUUUUUGUCCGGUGACGUUGCAGUUCAAUGUUGUCUCGAAAGAGUGAAGGAACACAGCGGCCUCGAAAAUGUUUCUUUUGGAAAUGUGGGUGCAGAAUUCGAAGUGACCACACCGAGAGAGGGCGGCCAAUCUCAAGGUACUGUAUUAAAGAAGAGACGACGGCGGCGCGUCAACAGGAAGAAAAAUUCGAAUGAAACAUCUAUUGGUCCAAUCGGAGGUGAAAAGAGGCUAACUACAGUCGAAACCGAGUGUGCACCGGUCGAGACUCCACUGACAGAAUUAUCGACAUCGCUUGAAGCGGCGGUCGUCCCAAAAGGCCUCGUCUGUGAACUUUCAGUAGCAACAGACGAGAUCUCAGCUCAAAGCGAUAGAUCGGCGGUAAAACAAGCGGAACAAAGUAAUGUUGAUGAUGGUAGCCGUGAAAUAACUAUUUCUCGUGUUCAAGGCACGUAUGUGGUCGCCAGUACGCCGAACAUGGAAAAUAUAGAACAAGUAAACUUGUCUGACGAUCGGAAGGGAGACGAUGGGGAUUCUUGGGAAAAGGUUGAAGUCCGCGGGCGCGCGAACCGCAAAAAAGCAUUUGAGCGACCACAUCACGGUCAACUACGGGGUAGCCAUCGGGGAUGUGCUUCCCACUCUAUGCACGGGCACAUUGACGGGUCGAAGAAGGCCAAGAUCUCCAGGUCAAGUGGCGCUCGGAGAAGAAACACGAACCGCAAAGUCGCUCGUGAUAUACUUUAUAAGGUUCUCGAUUCCGUUGAGGACCAGGUGAAAAAUAGAGGAGAAGAGAAACCACCUCUACCCUCUAGUAAUCCGUGGAAGACUGUUCAUUCAGUAGGAAGGACCCCGGGAGUGAGCACUCCUUGUUCCCAGAAAGGAGCCCAAAAACAUGUGACAAUGAGAGAUGUGGUUCUUGGUAAGAGUGUCCGCAAGUCAACUAUUAAAUCUUCUCUUUCUUCUUUUGAAGCUUCUCCAUCAGGAACAAAUGCAUUGAAAGAAUCGAUGAAGGUGCAAAAUUCUUUGGUGUCUAGCCAGCAGCGAAUGGUGGAUCAGAAUACUGCCCCUACUUAUCAGGAGACUGUUUCAGCAGUCUCUGGCAAUACCCAUGACCUGUUGCCUCAGAAAACAAGCAUCUUUAAAACGAAAAAGCACGAUCCCAAAAGCGAUUGUAUCUCAGACAAUAGCGAAGCUCCGCAAAAUCGAGCUGGUGAAACGUCUCCAUCGAACGAAAAGAAUAUCGCGCUAUCUCCACCGCUGCCAACUCUACUCAAUCCGGAAUCCGGAAAUAGUUCGACCUCCUCGGUUUCAUCGAGUUUGGAAGUUCCACAUGCAAGUCAUUGCCACCAUCAUUCCACUACCGCUGUCGAUGUCAAUGAUGUGGGCUAUCAUCUUUUGGAUGUUUGCGACCGUCUUAGUCAAGAUAUGAGAUUAUUUAUGAGCCGCCGAUCACAGGCACUAAAUGCACGGCGAAAGGAACGGGUUGCAUUACUUGGUGCUCUGCAAAACUCGGUUGCCAAACUCUGGCCCGCCAGUUGCCAAGUCGAGCUAUACGGAAGCUGCGCAACUCAUCUAGACUUGCCUUCCUCUGAUCUUGAUGUCGUGGUUGUAGGAUUAGAUCGUCGGAGGGGUACUUUGAUGCAAGUGGGUACUCAGAACAAUGGCUGUCUUGACGGUAAGAUGGAAUCAAAAAGUGAUUUUGAUGUUGACGACGUUCGUCAAAAGAUUUUGAACGCAUCACUUCCUCCGUAUAUUCCUACAUCGACGUCGCUGAACGCGGAACGAAUUAAGCGUCUUGCAGCCGAGCUUGCAACUCAACCUUGGGCGGUCCAGGUGAAGGCGAUUCCGACAGCGUCUGUUCCUGUCGUCAAGGUUCUUGCUGAUCCAUAUCGUCUCCAAAAUGUUUCAGGAAAUGAUUGGAAGUUGGAUAAACACCCAAAGAUUGCUGCUGAGACUUCCAAAGUCAGCCAAGUUUCAAGUGAUUCCGCUAGACUUCAAAGUUUCCAACCUUGGCGAGGAGCAGAUGCAAUGAACGGACUUCUCUCUUUCGACAUCACUUUUGAAGGGCCGGAACAUGGUGGAAUUGGCUCGACGGAAUUUUCGAUUCGGACUGUGAACGAAGCUUGCCGUGAAACGGGUCUCCCACCGGAGGGUACACCAUUUGUUCAAGUGAUAAUGGUGCUAAAGGAGCUUCUUGCCCAGCGCAAACUAAACGAGCCGUAUUCCGGGGGCCUCAGUAGCUAUGCACUCUUGCUUCUUGUUGUGUCUCUUCUCCGUGAACGUACCGUUAUUCGGGAGGAGCUGGAUCGAGUGGAGCAACAAAGACAGGCGGUGGCUGCCGAUACUAUGGAUACCCAAUUUAGUCGGAUGGGUCACGACAGAACGGCACCUGCUUGCCCAAAAUCUCAACAAGUUACAAAGACGUCAAAUAUACAGCGCAUGAAGAAGGUUGCAGAGGGAGAUAUAGGAAAGCAGCAAGUGAGCUCGACGUGGGCCUCGAUUGCAAAAAGCGAAGCGAACGACUCUGAUCUUGCUACGAAUAAAGUUUCUGGCAUCUGGAACUCGCGGCAGAAGCGACAUUCAUCUUUUGCCGAUGUGAUGCUGCGUCCAGCAUCGCAAUGCAAAGCUUCCAAUAGGUCCAGUACUCAUAUGAACGAUGUUGCCCAAAACUUUGAUGCGCUUCAUGAGGCCACGUCUGAAUGUGAGAAAGAUGGAACUGGCAACAGAGAACAUAUGCCUGAUGUGCUGCCGGCAGAUUCUUCACAUGUUCCCACUGCUCCGUCCUUCUUUCAACAAGGCUAUAACGAUGUUGUUGAUGUACUGUGCUCCGGCAAUACCACUGCAGGCAAGCUGUUGAUGCAUUUCUUACUUUUUUACGGGCAUCACUUCGAGGCGCAAAAAACGGCAAUAGACGUUUCGGGCACACAUGCACGAGAUAUUACCGGACGGUACUUAUCGUACUUUUCACCAUUUAUUCCACGUGGAGCACUGGGAUCCAUUGAUCCUAUGACAGGCAUGUUAACGGUGGAUCCUGUUAUAGUCUACGAUCCUUUGGAAGGUGCUGAAAACAAUAAUGUCGCCCGACGGUGUUUCGCUUGGAACAGCAUUCGAUGGAUUUUUGCUCAAUCAUACGCAACUCUGUCGAGUGCUGUUGAGCGAAGCACCAACCCACCGACAUGUCCUAAUAAUGGUGCAACGCCAACACCGGUCGCAGAUAUGACGGUAUUGGCUGAUUCGUCGCGUGGCUUUAUUGAUAGAGCUGAAGGCUGUGUGAGCGUUGGAGUCUCGAAGCGACGUCGGGAAAAAAUUUCGGGUCGUUCAAGCACUGGUCGUUCGAGCGCUACGAGUUCAGCCUCGGUGACGGGACGUGGAGGAGGAUCUGCAGGACAAGGUCGCGGCAAAACAGCAGGGCAAGGUCCCAAGCGCAAGGCCGAUGCUUCCGUAUCAACGGUAACAGGAGCUUCCACUCCUACCUACCACACUGAGACAGCAGCAACGCAAACAAAAUGCUUCCUGAAAAGAAUCGACGGCACACAUUCGGGGAACGGACGUGUACGUUCCUACGGCGGCAGCAGUGUUCGUCGUAGCUUUCAAUCAUUACAGAUUUCCCAGCACGUUUAA